GGAAGCAUUCGUUUGAAGCCGUGAGAGCAGCCCGUGGAGGCAUCCCCAACGAACACAGAGAGAGAGAGAGGGAGAUCCAAAGCCGAAAGGCCAGAGGGAAAAUCUCUAGGGGAAAGCAAAUUCAUGGCCGCCUCAGCUGCUCGAGCUUUCAUUCUCUCUCGCGUAACGGACCUGUCGCUCAAGCCACUCUACCCCCAUCAACCAACGCCAAAAGCGCCUGUUCUCUGUUCCCGCCACCACCACAAGCGCCGUAUAGCUUCCGUCAGCUGCCUGAUAUCCGGCGUCGACGGAGGCGGCGUUUCCGACGACUUCGUUUCCACUCGGAAGUCCGGCCUCGACCGCGGGUUCUCUGUGAUCGCGAACAUGCUUCGGCGAAUCGAGCCUUUGGAUAACUCCGUUAUCUCCAAGGGCGUUUCCGAUUCCGCCAAGGACUCCAUGAAGCAGACCAUUUCAACGAUGCUAGGCUUGCUUCCGUCGGACCAGUUCUCCGUCACCAUUAGCGUUUCCAAACGGCCCCUCCAUCGCCUCCUCGUCUCCUCCGUCAUCACCGGGUAUACGUUGUGGAACGCGGAGUACCGGAUGUCGUUGAUGAGGAACUUUGAGAUUUCUCCGGAUAGUUCGAAGAAGAGGUCGAAUUGUCGGGAUAGGUGGCUUGAGGUUUCAGAGGAGGAGGAGAAGAAGAGUGAGGACAGGGAUAGUGAUUUGAGUAUUGAAGGUUUGGAGAGAAGAGGGCUUCAAGUCUUCGGAGAUUUGUCGCCGGAGGCGUUGAAUUACAUUCAACGGUUGCAGUCGGAGUUAUCUAAUGUAAAAGAGGAACUUAAUGCCCAGAAGCAGGACAAUUUGCAAAUAGAAUAUGGCAGAGGAAAUAGGAACAAUUUGUUAGAGUAUCUGCGAUCCUUGGAUCCUGAUAUGGUAACUGAACUAUCUCGUCCCUCAUCAUCAGAGGUUGAAGAAAUAAUUCAACAACUUGUUCAAAGCGUAUUGCGUAGAUUCUUCAAAGAUGAGAGGACCUCUGAUUUUAUAGGAGAUUCAGUCAAGGGAAGUACCGAGAACCACCCAGAUGGUGACGAUGAAUUUUGUGAUACUACAGGCGCUUCGCGCGACUACCUAGCAAAGCUGCUUUUCUGGUGUAUGCUGUUGGGUCAUCACUUAAGAGGCUUGGAGAACAGGUUGCAUUUAAGUUGUGCCGUUGGAUUGUUGUGAAGAGAAGAAGGCAAGGUUGAGGACGGUGGUAGUCCCUUUUUUGUUUUGCGAGGUGCAAAGCAAAAACAGCAAUGAAUUUGGGCUAAAAAGAAGUUCAAGAAGCAUCUCUGUAUUCAUGAGCAGGAAUUAUGGGUUGUUCAGAUCUUCUCGUGAGCGUAUUUCAUAGGGUUUAACCUUUACAGAAAAGAUGUACUUGCCUCACUUUAUGAAGCUACGCUGAAGUAUGGCGUUGUUCCCAUUCUAUGAGACUGAACUCGUGCCAAAUAAUAUCAAAUUACAAUCUUGAUUAGUA